UUAACCUUUAUUCUUUAAAAAUCAAAAACCCAAACAAGCAAAGCCGACAAUAAUCUCUUUUGUGCCUCACCCAUUUGUUCCUUUUAUUCCCUAAUAAUAAAUUAAUCACAAUAUUUAUUAUACUACCACCAACUUCUCAUUGACUUAAUACAUGUAUAUAAGCAAAGAUUCAUCAAAAGUUAAAAGUGUUAAGUGAGAAAACGAAGCAAACAAGAUCCAAUAUGGAAGAAGAAAGCACCACAAUCAUCAUGACCUCACUCUCUAUCCUCUCUACUUCACACCUCACGAAUCUUACUCACACCAUUCUCUCUAUCUCCCACCACCAUCGCCGUCGUCUCGCCGCCGUCCUCUCCUCUCCGACGCUUUUCUCCCUCACUCUCCGCCACCUCCUUUCUCUAUCCCUUCCCCAAAAAACCCUCCUCAUCGCCACUCACCUCCUUUCUCUUCUCCACCCUCUUCUACUCCACCGCAACCACCACACUCUCCCCUCAUCUGCCGCCAAGAUGAAACUCCGGGACCUCGACGCAGUGGUGCUCCUCCUCUUUCUCUGUGAAACACAUCAGAUAUAUCCAGAUGUUCUAGAAGCUUCAGCUGAUAAUUGGCGGGAAAUACUCGGUAACAUGUACUCUGAUAAUAUGCUAAAUAGUAUCUCCGGUCUCUGGACUUGCGACGCCGGAAUCUUGAUGCCUUACAUAGAAACCCUAGCUAGAUGCAAAAGAUUCGUCGACAUUAUAAUGAGAAACCACAACCACCUUGGCCUUGGAGUAGGGAAAGAAGGAUAUGAAAUCCCGGCAGCUAGAGCGGCUGUGGUGGCGCUACGUGCGGUUGAGGUGUCAAACGCUGCCGCAGAAGUAGAAUGCGUGAUAUGCAAGGAAGAUAUGAGUGAAGGAAGAGAUGUUUGUGAAAUGCCAUGUCAGCAUUUGUUCCAUUGGAAGUGUAUCUUGCCAUGGCUAAGCAAGAGAAACACGUGUCCGUUCUGUAGGUUUCAACUUCCCACCGACGAUGUCUUCUCGGAGAUCCAACGGCUAUGGGAGAUCCUCGUCAAGACCACCGAGUUAGACGUGGCGUGAUGUCAGCUCGCGGUGAUGAAUACAUGUGUAUGAAGCUUGUAUAUCGUUGUCCAUAACAGAUGUGUCAAGCUUUAUAACAGAUAGGAAUGUUUGGACUGUU